CCCGCAGACGGCGAGGGGGAGGGCUAGGGGGUGGUGCGCGCGCUGGCGGGGCCGCGCGGGGAGAAAGACACUGGAAGGCGGCGGGGCGGGGAGCGGCGCGCGCGGGCCGCGGCGGAGCAGGAGGCUGCAAGGAGAGUCUGCGGGGCGCGGGGUGCCAUUUCUGUGCCCCCGCAAAACAAUGUGCGGCGUGCAGCGGAGCGCAAGUUGCUGGAGGCAGCGGGGGCGUGCCGAGCCUGCCUAAGACCGCGCCGCUGACCUUCUCCCCCCGCCGUCCGUUGGGCCCGAGUGCCCAGCUCUUCGCUCCCGAGCUCGCGGGGGCCGGGCCGAGCUGCGGGGCGGGGCCGCCCCUCCGGCGCUACUGCCUCCUCCCCCACCCCAAGCCGCGUAGGAUGCGGACGGCUCCCGGCGGCGUCUAGCGGCCCCGGGCCCAGGCGCGAUGGUGCAGCAGCGGGGCGCGAGGGCCAAGCGGGACGGCGGGCCGCCGCCCCCGGGGUCCGGGCCGGCAGAAGAUGGGGCGCGUGAGCCGGGCUGGUGCAAGACCCCGAGCGGCCACAUUAAGAGACCGAUGAACGCGUUCAUGGUGUGGUCGCAGCACGAACGGCGGAAGAUCAUGGACCAGUGGCCCGACAUGCACAACGCCGAGAUCUCCAAGCGCUUGGGCCGCCGCUGGCAGCUGCUGCAGGACUCGGAGAAGAUCCCAUUCGUGCGGGAGGCGGAGCGGCUGCGCCUCAAGCACAUGGCGGAUUACCCGGACUACAAGUACCGGCCGCGCAAAAAGAGCAAGGGGGCGCCCGCCAAGGCGCGGCCCCGCCCCCCCGGCGGCGGCGGUGGCAGCCGGCUCAAGCCCGGGCCGCAGCUGCCUAGCCGCGGGGGCCGCCGAGCAGCUGGCGGGCCUUUGGGGGGCGGCGCGCCGGCGCCCGAGGACGACGACGAGGACGACGACGAAGAACUGCUGGAAGUGCGCCUGGUCGAAACUCCCGGGAGGGAGCUGUGGAGGAUGGUCCCGGCGGGGCGGGCGGCGCGGGGACAAGCGGAGCGCGCCCAGGGACCGUCGGGCGAAGGGGCGGCAGUCACUGCCGCCUCCCCGACUCCUUCGGAGGACGAGGAACCCGAGGAAGAGGAGGAGGAGGCGGCGGCGGCAGAGGAGGGCGAAGAGGAGACUGUGGCGUCGGGGGAGGAGCCGCUGGGCUUUCUGUCCAGACUGCCGCCUGACCCCGCCGGCCUGGACUGCAGCGCCCUGGACCGCGACCCGGACCUGCCGCCCGCCUCGGGGACGUCGCAUUUCGAGUUCCCGGACUACUGCACCCCCGAGGUCACCGAGAUGAUCGCGGGGGACUGGCGCCCGUCUAGCAUCGCCGAUCUGGUUUUCACCUACUGAGCCCACCGUCAGCGGGGCGCGCACGCCCCCAAACCAGCUGUUUACAUACAGGAAUCAGGUAUUGGGGCCCCUCGGAGGCCGAGGCUGGCACCCCAUCUCCCACACAGCCUCCCCCCUCCUAGACGUGCCCAUCCCCCUCAAAUCCAGACAUGCCCCUCCCAAGCAGACACACCCCAAGGCAGCCCAACCCCCACCCCAUUCCCUAAGAUGCCAACCCCUCCUCUCCGCCCUCCUCCCCCUCCUGCACAGCCACCAGCAACCAGCCCCCCUCCUUUUCACCUCCUGUCCACUCCUACAGACCUGCACCCCUCCCCCACUUUUCACGCCCCUCCUCGUGGCCGGAGGACACGCCCCUGCCCUUGCUCCAGAAUCCCUCCGCCUUGGUCUAGGCCACCUCCUUUCUUGUUGGGGGGGGGUGUGCGUUGCGGCUGGAGAUAGCGCGCGCUCCUCCCCUGCCCCUCCCCUUCCAGGGAGAGGAUGGGAGCGCUAAUACUCCGGGGGCGCUGGGACCUGCCCCCAUUUUGCGCAUGCUUAAUGCUUCUCGGAGGGAGGUCCUAUUCCAAGUGCUCGCUUCUGUCGCCCCCUCGGGGAAGAAGGGAGCCGGGUCUGGAGCGAUCCUCAGUACUCCUGUGAUCCAGGAGCCGCGGCUUCCUUUCAGCCCGGCGGAACGUCACUGCCGUAAUGGGAGGAGCACUGGAAAUAGGGAGAGAGACGUAUAGCUAGUUGGUUUGGAGAUUGGAGCUCUCUUGAAUAAAACUCUUUUAUUUCCCCUUACCGGGGUCGUCCAGGCACCGCCUGCACACCGACUGCCUGACUCCCUCUACAACCUCCCCCAGAAAAGUCCCAUUCUUUGACCCACCUGAGAACCUGGGUGGGGUGUUUUCCCUCGAUGUCCCCCACGAGAGGAAGAGGCUGCCCAAGAAAACUCAGAAUCAAGACAUUUGCCAGUCUAUUUGGGGACAGGGACACGCUGCUCCCUCUACCCUUGCUCCCAAAGUGCUCACCACCUUGGCACACUCUCGACCGGGGUUCCUCCCGCUUCCUAUCACCUAAGUCCACUCUCGGUGACCACACUUACAGUAUUAAGUGGGAGAAACGAAAGCACGUUGGUCGAGGGUGAAAUUGGGACAUGAUAGCAGAUGGAGUGGCAAUCAAAACCCCACUUUUCAGUAGCUUGAAGGUGGGCUAUUUGAGCCUCAGUUUUAACGUGUAAAAAGUAGGGAUAGUGGUGCUGUAGGAGCAAGUUAUGUCCAGUUCGGGGGACCCUGCUCCUGAAACUGUUUGCCCUCUUCAACUCCCGGAGCGAACCCGCCCCUCUGGCCUAGCACACCCGCUUUGCCCUCACUACCUGUAUCUCACUGGCUUGUGCUCAUCCUCCUGGGUGUGCACAUACUCUCAUUCACACACACAAAUCUCAGGAACAAACGGUCCUAGAGUCCUCCUGGACCCCAGGCUAGGGUCUCUGCAGGUCUCUGCCCCACGCGUUCCCGUCGCUGACAAAGCCACCAGCUGCCUCCUUUAAGCUUGGUGCUCCGGCUCUGGGCCUUUCUUGCGCUCUUUCUCUGUUUCUUCCCUCUCUUUUCUUUUUUUCUUUUUUUAAAGAAAACAACAAUACAAAAAGACAAUGAAAAAAAAAAACCAGAAAAUGUCAUGUAAGUGAAACAAUGUCACUGUCUGUGGUCUUGGAGAACUAGUCUCAUAGCUAAGGGGAAGGGAAGCCUCCCUCCAAUUUGGGGCACUGGCACCCACAGCAGGACUUCCGCCAGCCUGAUGCCAGUUUUGAAUAAAGUGUAUUUGCCCUGAC